AUGGUUUGGCAUCGACGGGGCUCAUCUUUACUCUUGUUGCUUUUCUCACGUAAUUCAGCUGCAGCAAAUUGGGCUCAGGUCAGUGGCGAAAAAUACACUAAUGCAGCCGUUAGUGAGAUCACGCCUUGGGCAAAUCGGCAUGGCCAUGCAGUAACCGCUCUGGACCUUAGUGACGACUAUGAACGAAGGACUGGGCAUAAGUCUAAGAUAUUUGUGCUAGGAGGUGAUUCGAACGUUCAAGGAAGACAAGACUUAAGAGCGUACCCAGGAGGUGGUGCCAUGCGCAACGACGUGUGGAGUACAACAGGACCGAGUUGGAAUGUUCAGGCCAAUAUCCUUAAGACAACAAAGUGGGGAGACCCUUUACCUCAAAUUGUGGCAAAUGUGACGUGGUUGCAGACAAAUAGUGGCAAGAGUCCACCUCGUGGUAUCUCGUACACUGACUGGAUUUCUUGUGCGUCUGCUGCUUGGGCUGUUAAUCCUCCUUCAGGAUGUGAUGACCCUACUCGACCCCCUGGCGCAUACUUAGCUGAUAAUAUGUUUUCACCUCGUCGAAACUUUAUCGCCUUAGCAUUUCACAGCGAGCUUUUUGUUUUUGGUGGUCGCGCUCGUGAACACAUUCCAGUUCCUCAGUCUCAAUUACGUGGUGGAACGGGACCAGAACCCAUGGCCCCAUACAACACUCGUUGGCUUGAAUAUGCUGUACUAAAAAACGAUGUAUGGCGUAGCAGUGAUGCUGGAUCGUCGUGGAAACUCGUGACACCCGGUUGUCCAUUUUCUCAGAUCGCGUCGGCACACCAAACAUUAAGAACAGAUCUUCAGUGUGAGGAUGACGAUCAGUGCGAAGGUGACGCAUCGUGUCAAGGCGACGAAUUUUCUGCAAAAAGAUUUUGUGUGUGCAACAUGUGGUCGCCGCGUGAAUUUCACGCUUUGGUUGUGAUGGACGAUGCUUUGUAUUUGUCUGGUGGGUACGCCCUUGUCGAAUCUGGAAAAUGUGGUGAUGAAGAAAGCCAUCGGCAACCACUCGGAGAAUUAUUUGCGUGCAGUGGAGGCUAUCGCGAAUAUUUGAAUGACAUAUGGAUGUCAACUGAUGGUCGACAUUGGAAAAUGCUUACACUACAUGCAGAGUUUUCUCCUCGCGGCGAACAUUCAAUGGUAUCAUUUCAUUCUCAACUUUAUAUUCUUGGUGGACGGACGGGUACUUCACAGACUGAAUCGGCGCAAACAGACCUGCUUAACGACGUCUGGGUAAGUAAAUCUGGGCUUGUGUGGAAUCGAGUAACCGAGGCAGCUCCAUGGUCACCCCGAGCUAAACAUGUCACCCUGGUGCAGCCAGCAGGUGCAUCCGAUCAAAAUUUGCCUUAUGAUCGAGAUGAGCAACUAGUUAUGAUGUUUGGAGAGGAUGCAGAGAGAACACUGGAAGAUGUUUGGACUUGGAAGGGAGGCGACACAAAUUGGAUCCAGGACUACUCAUCUGACACCCCCUUUGUCGAAUAUGUGAGACCUGAUAGCAAUGUAUCGGCUCUGCGAACAAUGGUGGACACGGAUGCUCGUGCUUUAAGUGCUGCAGGUUUACGUACAAUCCAAGACAUUACAUCUCUAUCGUUUGAUCAAACGAUUUCGUUGCGCAAGCUUAUGCCCAUAUGUGACUAUAUUGCGCUGGCAAAGCUUGUUGUCGAACAGUGCACAGUUGAAUCAUCACGAUUCGAAAAACAAAAAGGGUUUAAUAUUGCAGAGAAAGCAACGGCUGAUUUCACGAAUGUAGUCCAAGGUGAAACGGAUUGGGACGGUUGCACACAAAUUGGUGAAAAGAUAAGAGACGUAAAGACUGGUCAUCUUCGUUGGCCUGACGUCCGUGGAGUGGAUCAGGUUCAGGUCCUACGAGAUGUUUUUGUCGACGCUCAAGAUAGUAUUUGUCAGUGGAGACCUAAAGCACGAUCUGGUCAUGCCGGUAUAGUCUUCAAGCAGAAAAUCUUGAUUUUAGGGGGCUUAACAGCACCUGACUAUUAUGAGAACGAUGUUUGGUAUCGCGAUGCUCGUCGCCCGCGUACGCAGUUUACGUUAGUGCCAGCGAGUGGAAGCUCGGAUACGGAGUUUAAGUUUGAAAGUGACAAACCCUCAUGCAUUUUCGAGUAUCAUUUGCUUGACACAGUGGAACAGCUCGUUGUUCGUAACUGGACGCUUACGCUGGGUAAAGUGAGUUUUGAGAGCUGGUUGGGCUCAGGCACCUUUCGCAUGCGCGUUCGUGCUCGAGACCCUGCCGGCAAUGUGGAUGAGACGUUUGAGGAUGGCCGAAAUGAGCACACUUGGGUAUACGCGCGACCGUUGCCAUGGGGAUUGAUCAUUGGGCUGUUGUGUGCCGGGUUGGUCUUGAUGAUUGGGUUCAUAUUGGAAUGGCGAAAGCGCCGCAAACGCGCUGCUUUGGAGCGCUACGCCGUGAAGCGCAUGCGUCGCAAAUUGAAACCUAAAAAUGGUGCUGUCAGUAUUGCAAAGAAAAAUGAUCUGAUGUUGCGGAAGACCUUUGACGGUACAAAAGACAGCAAGAAAAAAAGUAAAUUAUCAACGAAGAAAACUUUGACGGUCAGCAACAGGAAGGACAAGACCAAAAGCAAGCCAAAAGACAAAGGUGUAGAAAAAGAUAUUGCAAUGGACAGAAUGGAAAAAGUUAAAAGAAAAAAGGACAAAUUUGAGACGAAUGGUGCUACAAAAGCAGAGAAAUCAAAGUCUAAGAAAAUCUGA